AUAACCAGCUGUUGUUAUAUCCCUUGUCUGAUUUGGUUGCACUUUUCAUUGUUUUAUGAUACAGCUGUUCUAUGUUCUUAAUUGUGGGUAUAUUGCUGUUAUCUUGGAGAUCUUAAUAGGUGGGAAGAAGGGAUUCUCCAACCUGACGGCCUCCGGUUAUUGUUGGACCACAGCUCCCAUCAUCCUUGGCCAUUAAGCCAUGCUGGCAGUGAUUGGUGGGAGCAGUAGCCUAAUACAUCUGGAGAAAACAACAGGUUGAAAGCAGAUCAAGGCUGAACAUUUAUGAUGCAAUAGGGCAGGAUUAUAAAGAUAGACAGAGAGGAAAAAAGUUUACUUAAUCCAGUUUUGCUGUUGUGGAAACGAACCAGAUUUGUCGAUGUAUUUUUGCAUUUUUAUACUGUGUUUCUUGGAUGAAGGUAUAAUCUCUAUGCCCACACUCGGCUGGGCUACCUGUUCUACAAGCGUCAGGUGAAGAAAGCGCGGGAGCGUUACCCCCAGGGGCACUCUGUUCCUCAGCCUGUGGUGUUCAGCGGUGGUUAAUGGUCAGAGGCAACACCUGCAAAGUGGUGUGUACAGAGUGCAAAAUCUUGACUCCAUCAUGGAAUCCAGCUGCUUGAGAUGCUUCCCCCAUGAACCCCUCCUGAAAAUCCAGACAUUUGAGACCCGAAAUUCAUUACACACCACACCUGAAAUUGGAAGAACUGGGGCUUUCUGUUUCGAGUUUAAGAGUCCUGCACAUGUUAAAAAAGAAAACUUAAACACUGUUCCUUGUGCCUAAGCUCUUGCAAGGGGCAUAAGCAAGUUUGAUUUCUGAAGUAAGGUGAACAUGCAGCAGCAAGCUAGUGUCUGGGGUUUUAUUUAUUAUUUCACUUUCUCUUUUCUUUCUCCCUCGCCCCCACUUCUGCUAUUUCAGAGGGGGAAAUGCCUCAGUUGCUUAAAUAAACUUGUUUGUUAACUGCCACCACUCCUGUUCCAGAGUGCCCAAAAUGCUUUGAACAGUUUUCCCAAUUGGUUUGCUUAACGCUUGUUCUGUGUUUGUACUUGCUUUUAUGUUAUGCAGAGUUUUAUUUAUCAGCAUAAGAAACAAGCAAGUGUUUGGGGCCAUUUUUAUUCUCUGCUUACACACCCAACCCUUUUAAAAAUGAAAACCCCCAACAAACCGCCCUAACAGACUCUCCACAAUCUUCCCACACAGUAGUCACCCACAUGAAGUUCUAGCCUUGUUCUCACAGGGUUACUUAGUCCUAUGUUUGGUCUGUACCAUUCAGGUGGCAGUGGGGUGUGUGUGUGUGUGUUGCUAAAUGCUGCUCCAUACAGAAACUAGUACAGAAACUCCCUCCAUGUAGGAAACUAGUAUGUCAAAGAAAAGCCUGAGGUGCUGGUUUUCUGUGUGGAGGGAACACUUUUGUAUGGAGGAGCGUUCACUUCUGUGAACCCCUGCCAGCAGUCUGAAGUGGUAUUAUUUAGUGCUUCUUUGUCCUUUUAUUCGUUUAUUAAGUUUAUAUCCCAAAGGAGCUCAGGGUGUAUGUGUAUAUAUAAGCUGCCUGCCUGCUGCAGCACUGAAGGCACUUGAUGUCAUUUUGCUAUAAUAUUGGAAUUUUAUUAAUACUCGAGCAUCAAUUGAUAAUUUUGCCUGUAUUGUGUGACAUUAGAUGAUAUUAUAUGUAGGUGAUUUUACAAGAAAUAGUAUUAAGAAAAGAACUGCUAACAUAAAAAUUGCAUUUGCUAAAGUCUGUUGUGUUGACUUUCCCACUUUCCUUUGCUCUAUAUCUGCCUCUGUCAUCCUAGGAGUGAAGAUUCUUCCCAUCCCAGUCCUGUCCAAUAACUACAGCUAUCUUGUUAUUGAUACUGGCUCAAACUGUGCUGCAGCUGUAGACCCCUCUGACCCACUGGCAGUACAGUCGGUCAUCGAGGAAGAGGGGGUGACGUUGGAGGCCAUCCUGUGCACUCACAAGCAUUGGGAUCACAGUGGAGGCAAUGCAGCGCUGAGGAGGCGGCACAGCUCUUGCCGAGUCUAUGGCAGCAGCUAUGAUGACAUCCCAGAAUUGACAGAUCCCCUCUCAGAUAAAGAGACCGUUGUGAUAGGACGUCUGAACUUCAAGGCCCUCUUCACGCCGGGACACACUGUGGGGCAUAUGGUGUACGUGCUGGAUGGCAAACCUUUUGAAGGGCCAGCCUCUCUCUUCUCGGGAGACCUCCUUUUCCUCUCUGGCUGUGGUCGGAUAUUUGAAGGGACGGCAGAAACAAUGCUGGCAUCGCUGGACACGGCAGCUGAUCUUGCUGAAGACACACUGCUUUGGCCAGGGCACGAGUAUGCUUCAGAGUGUUUAAUGUUUGCACGCCUUCUGGAGGUGGAGAAUCCCGUCCUGGAGCAGAAGCUACAGUGGGUGAAUCAACAGCGGGUUGAGAAGAGAAGCACGUGCCCUUCUACCAUCGGCGAGGAGAAGCAGUACAAUCCCUUCCUGCGGACGCACUGCCCGGAGGUGCAAGAAGCCGUGGGGAUGAAGCGCCAAAGGGACGAGGACUGGGACACCUUCCGGGCCCGGGUGCUGAAGGAAGUGCGGCUGCGGAAGGAUGUCUUCAAAGCAAACUAGCAACCUCGGGUGGUGUCAGGCUGGAGCCACAUUCAGGGUGUACCCGCGGGCAGGGGCCAGGCAGGGCCUCUCUGCAAGGAGGAGCCUGAUCAUCACAUCAUGGGCUCUACUAUGCUAAUGAGGAGGGAUCUACUUGGAUGCUGAUCUCUCACGAAGUGCGAAGUGAAAUGGCAAAGAAAACCGGAGGGGUUCAGGCACGCUUCUUGAGCUCCCCGGCCCCCAGAAGGUUUUGUUGGUGCUGCUGCUUAUCCAUGAGGCAUGGCAAAUGGGACUUGCAGCCUUUCAGCUGCAAAGGUGUUUGGUAGUGGAUGUCUUUGAAACCAGGUGUGCUUGGGUGGCUCCAUAUCCCCUGCUGUUUUCAAAACACCUGCUGGUGGGGGUG